CCACUCGGCACACAACAUUACAUCUCAGAGAUCUCUGGAAGCUCCUCUGUGUGUCAUCUCUGGAUAUAUUCACCUUCCGUGACAGCCGUUGCACAUUUUCUGCUGAGCAUUUUUGCAUCGAGUCUGUGGAUCUCUCCGGAAACUCUCAACUCAUCGUCGGGCUAAUAUUCCUCAGACAGUUGCAGCUAAGAGGACCCGUAAAUCAAACUUAAUCGUAUAGCUGACAGCCUAAAUCGGCCUUGCUAAUAUAUUCCGCUGCAUCGACAUGGUGUAUUAUAUGUAAUCUUUCCGAGAUCAAUUGCGAAUGCAACGCUUUUAAGCUUUCUGAAGUCAGGCUUAUUAAGGGCAGUUGGGUUUUCCUCCUUUGUUGAGAAAAGUUUUUUCGAAGCUUUACGUGUAAGACCUGGAGGAGAGUAGUGCAUUUCCAGGUCGAGGUCAUAUGGACAUUGCAACAAGUUUUAGGUCAACGGAGAAGCAUUUCUCGUUGAGGAAUCAUUCCUCCAGUGUUAAGAUGCUAGACGGCAUUAAAAUUGAAGAUCACAUAAGGACAGCACCAUCAAGUUUGGGAAUUAUGCUUGGAAGCGAGUGCCACCAUCCAGCGAUUUGCGAGGGAUGUCAGCGGCCCAUCUCAGACCGGUUCCUCAUGCGCGUCAACGAUUCGUCCUGGCACGAGGACUGUUUGCAAUGCGCUGUGUGUCAACAGCCGCUGACCACGACCUGUUACUACCGAGACAGAAAACUGUACUGCAAACUGGACUACCAACAGCUGUUUGCCACCAAGUGCAGCGGCUGCCUGGAGAAGAUCGCGCCCACGGAGUUUGUGAUGCGGGCGCUGGAGAGCGUCUACCACCUGGGCUGCUUCUGCUGCUGCGUAUGCGAGCGCCAGCUUUGCAAGGGGGACGAGUUCGUCCUCAAGGAGGGCCAGCUGCUCUGCAAAAGCGACUACGAGCGGGAGAAGGAGCUGCUCAACUCGGUCAGCCCGGAGAACUCCGACUCAGACAAAAGUGAGGAUGAGGACAUAGACGUGAAACAAGAAAAAGGCACGGGAGGCCAAGGCAAAGGCAGCGAUGAUGGCAAAGAUCCACGCAGACCCAAGAGACCUCGUACCAUCCUUACCACCCAACAGAGACGCGCCUUCAAGGCCUCGUUCGAGGUGUCCUCCAAACCCUGCCGAAAGGUGCGAGAGACCCUGGCUGCUGAGACGGGCCUGAGUGUGCGAGUGGUCCAGGUGUGGUUCCAGAACCAAAGAGCCAAGAUGAAGAAGUUGGCACGCAGACAGCAGCAGCAGCAGGAGCAACAGAACACCCAGAGACUGGGCCAAGGUGGGCGGUGGUUUCCUCUGCUCCGUGUCUCACCUGGCUGUCUCUCCUCCACAGAAGUGAUCUCUGGGCGCAUGGAGGGCUUGAUGAGCUCCUACACACCGCUGGGUCCUCCCCAGCAACAGCAGCUGUUGGCCAUGGAGCCCAAUGGCUACAGCACAGAUCCCUUCCAGCAAGGGCUAACCCCACCACAGAUGCCUGGAGAUCAUAUGAAUCCAUAUGGGACUGACUCUGUCUUCCACGACAUCGACAGCGACACGUCUCUCACCAGCCUGAGCGACUGCUUCCUGGCCGCCUCUGAGGCCGGCUCCCUGCAGUCCCGCAUAGGAAACCCCAUCGAUCGUCUCUACUCCAUGCAGAGCUCUUACUUUGCCUCCUGAAACCGAACACCUACGCUCAUCUCUACAAGCCAAGCAACCAGCCAAACACAACCUACCAAAACCAACCAAACAAUCAUCCAAACCCGCAGCCAUGAGCACGAGCCUCUGCUUCCACAAGGCUGGCAGCAUAAAUCAGACCGCACUGUGGUUCUGUGACUCUGACUUCCGCAGGCUCCCCAUCUAGAGGGACGAGAACAUGGACAGACUGGAAGAUAAAACGGGGCCUCGUUUCUUUCCUCUCCCGUCCGUGAAAGAGAAGUGAAGAUGGGUUUUGGUGCUUAACAGGGUUCAAAGCUACAGUCACAGCGUGAUGCCUGGUCUGCAAACUGUUCGCACGGACAAAGAAAAGAUAAUGAAUUAUUUCACCUCACAUCGUUAUUCGGUUAGGAGAAAUAAAUAAUAUUUUGCUUGUCAGGCGUUCAGAAAAAAACUGAUUUGUUUUGAGAAUGUGGACCAGAAUGAAUGGGUAGGCAUCAUUACGAAGUGAACAAGUUCAGCUUUAAAUUGUGGACUGUGACCAUUCUUUUUGUUUCGUUUUGUUUUGUUUUCCUUGUUGGAAUUGACUAAUAAAAGCUUCAGUGUAUGUUUAUGCUUGAACAUAAUUUUGUAAUGGCAUAUGUGCGGCUUUUAGAGGUCGUCUUGACAUUUGUAAUAAUAUAUCUCAUGCCAACCUUUUUCAAUUAACCCCUUUGGCCUCUAACCCCUUUGCUGUGAUUGUCAUGACUACGCCACAGAAUGAAAAGAAAGAAGAAACACAGGAUUCAAAGGGACAAAACUCAUGGACUCUCCACUGUAUUUCAAGUGUAUAUAGAUGUACAACAAAACUCAUGUCCGACCCGCCGUGCAUGUUGAAAUGGACAUCUCUCUAUUUAUUGAAGUGCAACAUGCGCCCUGUAAUACAGAGUGGGGAAAAAAAAAGCUUUAUUUAAAACUAAGGACCCCAGUGUACAAGUAGAAGGUGCCCUAAGCAUAGAAUAAUGUGUCUUUUUUUGAUUAUGAGAUUGAAAGUAGUAUUUUUGUUUCUGUUCGAUGUUUUAAAGAAAAAGAGUAUAGGCUGUAAAUCUGUUUCACUGUGCUAUUUAUUUGUUCCUUAGUGUGCUCUUGGGCCCGGGCCAGAGUGCAUUUUUAUCACUCCUCUUUGCUAAAUUACCAAAGUUUGUUGGUAUUACAAAUAAAAACAACCCCCUAAAAAAAAAAAAAUGUUUCCGUCUGUGUCACAAACUGGAAACUUGAAACAAAGAAAUAGGAUGCAAACGCUCAAGGCGUGUUUUACUGAGAUAAAUCAAAGUGCCACGAUGGGCAAACAAGGCAGAGAUCACAGGACUGGAGAACAGCACUUCUUGCUGAUC